AUGGAGCAGCAGCAGCAGCAGCAGCAGCAGCAGCAGCAGCAGCUGCAGCAGCAGCAGCAGCAGCAGAUGCUGCACGGAGACUUUAGCAGCACAGGGAUGCUGGGGCAGCAGCAGGAGACAGUCUUGUCUCUAUGGAGGACCCCUUCAGAGGCUCUGCUGCGGGAGCAGCGGCAGCAUCAGCAGCAGCUGCGCCUCAGCAGCAGCAGCAACUGUCUAAUAGGCAGCAGCAGCAACGGCAGCAGCAGCAGCAGCAGCAGCAGCAGACUGCGAGCCGCACGCAGACCCUCAAACCUCUACCCGCCCCUCUUCAGACGCAGCAGCAGCAUCCUGGAACGUCACGGCAGCAGCAGCAGCAGCAGCAGCAGCAGCAGCUUGGCGCUGCUGGCAACGCCUAGUCUUCUCAUUGUCCCCCAGCAGCAGCAGCAGCAGCAGCAGCAGCAGCAACGACAACUGCAGCAGCAGCAGCAGCAGAGGCUUCGCCCCAGUGCCUUUGACUAUGGGCCCGCAGCUCUGCAGCAGGCUGCUGCGGGGGUGCGGGGCCCUCCUGCAGCAGACAUUCUCUCUGCCUCCAUCCAGCAGCAGCAGCAGCAACAGCAACAACAGCAGCAGCAGCAGCAGCAACAGGAGCAGCAGCAGGAAGAACAAUUGAUUGCUUCGGUGGAGACGGCUGGUAGUGCGGGCUCUGCCCCCGGCGCGCCUCUUCGAGCCAACACAGCAGCAGCAGCAGCAGCAGCAGCAGCAGCAGAUGCCGCAGCAGCAGAAGCAGCAGAAGGAGCAGCGGAAGCAGAAGCAGCAACGCCUGCAGUUCCAUCCCAGCAGCAGCAGCAGCAGCAGCAGCAGCAGCAGCAGCUCCUGCUGCACCCCCAGGAAGAGGCGCUGUCUGGUGCUGCACCGAGGCGAGUCUCUACGCCAAGAGAACCGCUGCUGCAGGGCUCAGCAGCAGCAGCAGCAGCACCACCACCACCACCACCAGCAACAGCAGCAGCAGGAGCAGCAGGCUCAACAGCAACUGCAGCACCAACACCAGCAGCAGCAGCAGCAGCAGCAGCAGCAGCAGAAGGGGAUGCAGGCAGCGAGUCAGAAGAGGGAACGCGGACCCCCCGUGUCGACGAGAGCGGGCUGUCUCCUCUGCUGGGCCGCCUGAGUAUACAAAACUUUAACUGCUGCAGCAGCAGCAGCAGCAGCAGGAGCAGCAGCAGCAGCCCCACUCGCUCACCAAGCCCAACACAACAAGACAAACGCAUGCGCCAGCUGCGCAACUUCGAGAGACAGCAGCAGCGCGUGCUGCAGCAGGAAUGCAGACAAAGAACGAGUCCUUUUGCUGCACUGCAGCAGAAGCAGCAGCAGCAGCAGCAGCAGCAGCAGCAGCAACAGCAGCAGCAAACUGGAACUGCAGCAGCAGGGCCAGCACCUAAAGCAGCAGCUCCGUCUUUCCCUAGUGCUCCUGCAGCAACAAGGUCUGCUGCCAGCACAGCUCAGCCCAAGCAGCAACUCCGCCGAGGCCGCAUCCCGGCGUUCCCGCGUCUUACAAAACCAGCUGCUGCAGCAAACAGCAGCAGCAACAGCAGCAGCAGCAGCAGCAGCAGCAGCAGCAGCAGCAGGAAUAACUCCAGCAGCAGUUGUCUUGAUACGGGCCCCAUACGGGGCCCCAGGAGAAGCCGUGCUGCUGCUGCAGCACGCGAUGCCCCCUACAGACGCCCCUGGGCAAGCAGACAGCGGCCUCUCUCGCUUGCUGCUGCUGCUUCUGCUGCUGCUGCUCCUGCUGCUGCUGCUGCUGCUGCUCCAGGGACGCCCCCAGCAGCUGCUGCUCGGCCGCCUGAAGGAGCGGCCGGGGGAGCCCGACAGAGAACAGCUGCAGCAAGCAGCAGCGCAGCAGCAGCAGCUGCUGCAGCAACAGCUGCAGCAGCAAACCACAGAGAGACGUGGGCGCAACCGAGAACAGCUGUUAACUCAAAAGACAGCAGCAGCAGCAGCAGCAGCAGCAGCAGCAGCAUGCGAGCUGCAAGCCGCGGCAGCAGCACGAGGAGCUCUAACUGCGCUCCAUCACAAAGACAGCGGCAGCAGCUGCAGCAGCAGCAGCUGCAGCAGCAGCUGCAGCACCCCCAAAGGACUGGGUCUAGCAGCAGGUUGCUGAGGAAAGGCAGCAGCAGCAACUUUAGCUGCAGCAGCAACUGCAGCAGCAGCAGCAGCCUCGCAAGCAGCAGCCAGGGAUCUGCUGCUGGCAGCCGCAGCGCCCUGGGGCCAGCCGUGUCUGUCCUUGAACGGAAGCGGAAGCAGAGCAGCAACAGCAGCAGCAGCAGCAGCAGCAACAGCAGCAGCAGCAGCAGCAGCAGCGCUGCACCUCUCUCGAAGGCCCGAAUAUGUCGCCCUCAAUCUUCUGCUUCUCUCCCCCAAAACAGCAGCAGCAGCAGCAGCAGCUCCGAUAUAUCCCGAGCCAACAGCAACAGCAAAAGCAGCAGCAGCAGCAGCAGCAGCAGCAGCAGCAGCAGCGUGAGUAGGAUACCAGCAGCACAGCAGCAAAGCCAGCAGACCCCAACGCCUAGAGGGACGGUGGGGGCCUCGCGCCUGCAGCCGAAGCCAAGGGCCCCCCCUCCACCUCAGUCUAGAAAGCUGCCCGCAACCAGCAGCAGCAGCAGCAGCAGCAGCAGCAGCAGCAGCAGCGCGAUGAACUGCAGCAGCAGCAGCAGCAGCAGCAGCAGCAGCAGGAACAGGAGCACGUGUGCGGCUGUAAGAAACCAAAGCCGCCCAUCUGCUGCUGCCAAGACACAGCGCGGCACUGCUGCGCGUCGGGUGCAUUCGUUGCCUAGCAGCAGCAGCAGCAGCAGCAGCAGCAGCAGCAGCAACAGCAACAGCAGCAGCAGCAGCAGCAGCAGCAUGGGUUCCAAGCCAUCUUUAAUAACGAAGAAGCUUGACAGAACAGGCAAACCCAGCAGCAGAUUAGCAGCAGCAGCAGCAACAGCAGCAGCAGCAGCAGCAGCAGCAGCAGCAGGUCAGAAUGCCAGCAGCAACAUAGGGGGCCCCCUCCCCCCCGUCCGCAGCACUGCAGCAGCAGGGAGGGCCCCCUGA